AUUCCGUAGCGGACUGCCGCAACGAGCGCACGUGUGUCCCCGGGCGGAUAUUGUCGAAUAAAAGGCGAUACUAGCCGUAGCUAAAGAAAGACGUACAGUCGGAAGUAACGCAGAAGUAACGCAAGGCGGGCGCAUCGCACGCACUCACGCACGCACGCACACACCUGUGAGAGCGCGACGUGUAUGCAGUUUUCCAGUCGGCGUUAGCAUCCCGCUCGAUAUCGUACGCAUCCAGAACCUGGAACCUGGUCGGUGACGAGUCACGGGCGACACGUAGCAGCGUCGAAGGGACCAGCGAUACAUCGAUCUACGACGUCAACACUACGUCAUUGGUCACGUUCGCAGUUGGCGCGCACGAGCCGAUAUCGAUCGUGAUUUCGAACGAUUCCCGCGAGAUCGCCGGUAGAGUCCCGUUUCACGUGGGGACCCAUCGUCGUCUGGGGAAGUGCCGAAACACCUGAGGAGAGUCACCGAGGAGGAUCGUCUUCUCUUCUCGGCACUGCGAGCUGUACCGCGCCGGUUGAACUUUCUAGAACCAGCGGGAAAGAGGGAGAGAGGAAAAACUCGCAAGGCGUGCGAGAAGCUCGAGGCGGAACAGUAAGCGCGAAGAACCGACGAGAGGUAGGUGGGACAGAGCGAAAGAGUGUACACACACCGGCGUACGAGAUGGCGUUUAUGAUGCCCGUGGUGAAAAACGAAUGGGACAUUUACAAGACGAAUCGCAGCCGGCGCUCGUCCGAGUGCUCGAAUCCGCAGGCCUGUCGCAGCAGGAAGGUCCGACGAACUAGCAGACAGAACCGUCACGCGAAAUGCGGCGCGCCUGAUCGCCCUGCCAUCUCGAUCCUCAUGGUGUCCGAGUGCUCCAAAUCGGAGGGUCCGUCGUUGUCGACGUCGCCCGGCUCCGACUUUUUGACCUCGCCGGCGCACCGUUCUGUACCGCUGACCUCGCGGCACUUCUCGAGGACCUCUUCGAGAGCGUCCCAGAGCUCUCUUCAGAGCCCGAGCAAGAGCACGGGCACGUCGCCGCCCAAGACCGGCAGCUCAAACUCCCUCAACAAGUUUCACAACCGGCUGGUCGACAAGCUGAAGCGCUCGUUGAAGAAGGCGGAGGACUGCGCGGAGGACCAGCGAAACCUAUCGUGAAACAGUCAAGGGGUUUUGGGCCGGCCGCCCGUGUCCGGCUCGAAACCGAUCGAGAUCCGACGCACCUCGGCACCCGCUACCACAUCCGAGUCGAGCACCAACGUGGCGGCACGCUCGUGUCCGGAUCCGUCUCCAGCUUGGUAGAGAAGAGCAAGAAAGG